CCAGACUUCCCUUUGACCUGUAUAGUAUGCCUGUCUGGGUGUAAUGUCUUUGGUGGACCUAGAGAAGUGUGCCAUCGCUGCAGUUUCACCGACGGAACAGUGCCACGCUCGUGCGAAUUAGUGUUGACACUGUAUAGGAAUAUUGCCAACACCAAACCGAUUGCUAUAGCGAGGUCCCGGGCUUAAAUAAAAAGAGAACUGAACCAUGAUGGAUCCGGAAAAUCCACCUUCGAGGGACCCAGCAAGGGCCGCCGCGUCCAGCAAACUGGAAGCCACGCAGCGCCAGGUCAACGAGGUCGUGGGCAUCAUGAAGACCAACGUCGAACGAAUUAUCGAGAGGGAGGAAAACUUGAGCAAGUUAGACCAGAGAGCGAACGACUUGAGUAUGUCAGCGUCGCAGUUCCAGACGACCUCCUCUCGCCUGAAGAGGAAGUACUGGUGGAAGAACCUGAAGAUGAUGCUCAUCAUGGGAGUCAUCGCCGCUGUCGUCAUCAUCCUCAUCAUCGUCCUGACGGUGGGCAUCCCCACUGGAGGAGGGGGAGGGGGUGGCGGGGAGACGACUCCAUUCCCUGGUCCGACCAAAGCCGUCACUGCUGCUCCUAGCAGCUAGAAAACGACGUUGCUGCUCUUCAGCGCGACCAGUUUCAUCGUAUGAUGUGUCAAGGCAGCAGUGUCAUAGAGGUUGUGUGUGUGUAUACUUAAUGAGGAAAAGCCGUUUGCGUGCAUCAGUAUGAUUUUGAGGAGAAUUUCUUUUCAAUAUAAGGUAUACUUAUUGUGGAAUACCAUUUUUUUUUUUUUACCGCAUCGUGUAUAAUUUUAUGGGCUUGUAUGCAUGCAUGCAUUUACGUGCGUAUGAAACAGAUUUAUAGCUUGCUAUUCAAGUCAUUUAAAAGGUCGUAAAUUGCAAUUUUUUAAGGGAAAAAGAUUCCAGCUUAUUUAGGGUGUUUCUUAGAAGAUAAAAGAAAUAUAAUUUCCCUGAAGACGCAUUUUAUACUAACCGAGGUUUGAGUUAGUGUUCCAAUGCUUAACUCGCCUAAAUCUCCAGCUCUCGCCUGACUGAAGAAAACGUCCUUAUGAAAUGGUCACGGCUAUGAAUAAUACUCUUCACUUAAGAGAAUCUACACUUGAAAGAAUGGGAGUGGAAAUCAAACUAUCUUUUUUCAUCACUAAGAAGGAAAAAAAUUGCACCAUGAACGAGCUCUACAUUUGUUGGCAAAUUUGACUUAAAAAAGAUAGAGAGAGAGAGAGAGAGAGAGAGAGAGAGGGAGAGAGAGAGACUACAAGACGUAAAUUAGAGUGAAUCACAAAUUUUUGUUCCAAAAUAUUUUUGUUUUUUGUUGUAAAAGAUAUUGAAGCAUUCCCAAAUCUAUUUUCAUGCCUCAAUUUCAGCUAUUUUGAUCAUUUACUCGUGGUGAAAAAAAGAUGGUGAUUUUUCUGCAUUUCGCUUUCAGAUGUUUGUAGUUUACAAUUCCUAAAAAACACAACCCAUUAAUAUAAGCCUCAUCGUUUACUUAAUAUGUGUGCUAGUAUGCUUGCUUACAUCAGUUAGUAUACAAGAGCAUACGGAGCGUGUGAUAAACUCUAAUUAUUAUUUCAUAUUCCUUGUUAUUAGUUUUGCAAUAUUAAUCUUAUAAAACAAUAUUGUGUGGGGGUCUCAGUAUAGAGGGAAUUUAUAUAAAUAUUCAUGAUGUAAUCCUAUCUGCUAUGGAGUCUUUGUUUUGUUAAACUCUUAAAAUAAACACACAUUGACUGUU